UAUACAAAUGUACACAGCUGAAGAACCAAAUACUGAAUGUCGAAGAAACUGAUUGGGGUGGAACCAUUACGCAAGAAGGAUAGUUAUCCUUAACCCUACGUGACAGUUAAGACGACCCUCUUGCAAUCGAAAGUGAAAGGCUAUUCCGCAUUGGAAUAAUCCACUCUAGCUUGGAAGAUACACUCUGAUGUUAGGGCAAACGGCUGAACCAGUGACGUUUGGAUAAGAGGACCUCUUCGGAUCUCAAUGAAUUGACAGGUGGUUUUCAGUAAUUGACCCAGUCAAAUUUUAACACCCAUUGACUUGAGCAGUAUGCCUAACCCCUUUGCUUCAUCACACCGAACACUUUCAAAGUCCUUCUACCUUCUCCUUUAUGCCGCCAUCGGUGCUGUGGUUCCAUUCUUGAGCAUCUACCUCAAGUUCCUGGGCAUGCGCGCUGACCAGAUUGGCGCCAUUAUCGGGGUGCGCCCCCUAGUGUCAGCAAUACUCUGUCCAGUCUGGGGAUGGAUUGCGGAUAAAUACCGCUGCAGGAGAUCGAUAACAUUGAUUUCUAUUUUGAGUUGGAUCUUGUUUGUUACGUUUCUGUUCCUGUGUCCACUUAUAGCAGACGUCUACGAAGUCUCGGCUGGAAAUCAUUCUGAUCACCUGACUAACGCGACUGGUGUCGAUGGCGUCAUUGGUGACAGCGCAUCGACAAGAACGCCGCCAUUUAUGAAGAGACACUGGAGUAAACAGAAGACAAAGCAUCCUCAUCGGCAGCACAUAAAAGAUCGCUUAAAACAGGAGGCAAACACAGAUAAAACAGGCAGCUUGUCUCAGUCAAAGAAUGGUGGGAAUACGGAAUAUGGUCCCAAAGCAAAAUGGCAGCCAUCUGACAUUUCCUUGCCAACGGAGACACCCAAUGUCAACCAAUCACUGUCGGAGAUAUUUGAAAGUAAUGUGUCCAAUCAGGAGAGGCGAUUCGUGUUCAUCAGUCUCUUGAUCGGUUUUGGCGCCAUGCAGAUAUUGCUUGCACCCGUGUUUCCAAUUGCUGACGCGGUGGCAUUGCAGUCGCUUGGCCCGGACACCAGUCAAUGGGGUUUACAGAGGACCAUGGGAUCAUUUGGCCAUGGCAUGAGUUGCGCCCUUGUAGGCCUUGUCCUCACCCAUGUCGCUCCCUCUAUCGGCCCAGCACACAUCGGAACAGAACUGAAGCGCUACCUCCCGGCCUUUUGCGUGGCAGAACUCUUCUUGUUGCUCGCCUUUCUCGUAGCAACCCAGGUCCGCUUUCACAUGACCGAUCUCCGUUGCCAUGAGUACAAGGUGACCUUGGUAUCCAAGAUGUUGGCUUCCUGUUCCUAUGGCUCCUUCAUAGCAACGGCGCUGUAUUUUGGAAUAGCCAUGGGCUGUAUGUGGACCUUUCUCUAUUGGCACCUGCACAACAUAGGCGCGACCUAUACCCAGCUUGGUUUGGCGACCGCUGCGUCCUCAAUCGGGGAAGUCAUCGGAUUCUUGACCGUCUCCAAGCUCAUCACCAAACAUGGCUGUGCAGCCAUGUUGGUGCUCGCAUUGAGCUGCUACAGUCUAAGGUUUAUCAUCUAUGGUUACCUGACCGAGCCAUGGCUGGCUGUCCCGACGGAGUUACUACAAGGGAUAAGUUUUUCGUUGGUGUGGGCUUCUUCGACUUUCUCUGUUUGCGGAUCAACGGCUAACAAGGCUCUUGCCUCCAUAACAGGAAUCCUGUACGGGAUUCUGGCAGGACUUGGAUUAGCGAUUGGAAGCCAACUGGCCGGCCUCCUGAUUACCAACUACGGAGCUCCGACGACGUUCCUUUAUUUCGCCUUCGCAACAGUCUGUGUUCUAUUAGUAUUUUUGGUCACACAUUUGGUGACCAAGCGUCCUCUCGUCCAGCCCGAUUUCCCAGCCGAGUUCUCAGUCUCGGCCCAAGACUUGGAAAAGAUACACGAGACGGGUGAUAGUGACGACAGCGACAACAUUUGGGCUCAGAGCUGAUUCAAGAGAUCCGCUGCUGGAGAAUCUACCAUUACGUUUCUUUGCCCUUGCCGAUUAAAGGCCUAUCGACCUCCAUGAGAGCAGUUUCGUGGGGUCAAUAUUGUCUUGAUUUCCCAUGAUGACCCUUUGAUUAGACUUUGUGCAUGUAUUGGGGUAGGCAAGAGUUCUUUUAAACGCGAGGUGGGGGGCAAAAUAAUGAAAGGUUUGUGCAAACCAAUUAACUUUAGUCUAGCAAACGUAGUAUAUGUUCUUUCCUAGGACGUCGUUUCCUGAGACCUAAUACUCCUUUCACACCGUCAUACAGUGAUAUGUGAACAUCAUGCCGCCUUCCAUUCCUCAAAGCAGACGUAAUGCCCGGCCGCCUGCCGGGCACCUCAAUGCGGGGCGGGUAAUUUUGCCAAUGGACCAUAUAAUAUGUUCUGAUCUUGCAUAUCAACGCCAGUGACGUUGCGAGCUUGUAUUCCCCAGGUUUACUGCUAGCGUAUCUCAACCACUCUAUUGUGGCGAGACUCUUGAGGUAAUUUUCACUAAUGUGUGUAGGCCCGUGGAACGUCCUAUUCGGAAGUAAAGAUAAUUAAAUGCACAUCUUCU